UCGAGAAAAUAAUUUCUUUUGUGAUAUUAAUAUAUAAAGAAAAGAAAAAAGGAAAUUCUGAUUUCCUUAUUCUAUCUCCAUGGAUGCUUUCUUUAGCCUUCUCUUAGGAGUAGUUUUUUUUGUGUAGCUGUUGUUCACAUUUAACAUCCCAUAAUGAAUGAUUCAGAUUCACAUCUCUUUUCUUUUUAUUCCCUCCCCUCUCAACAUCACCUCAUCUUUUCUAUAAAUACACAUCUCCCCUCCCAUACCUCUCUUAUGUUUUCCAUCAUUGUAAGUUUUGUGACAUUUGAAAACACUACCAAAAAAUCACAACAAAGUUUUCAAAAUUGUAGUGUCCAUUGAACAAGAAUGAGCUACUCUCAUCAAAGCAUGGGUUCUGGUAGUAGAAGUGCAAGGGGAUAUGAGUUUGGAAGGACUUAUGUUGUGAGGCCUAAAGGAAAGCACCAAGCUACUAUAGUUUGGUUGCACGGUCUUGGAGACAAUGGCUCAAGCUCGUCUCAACUCUUAGAGAGCCUGCCUCUUCCAAACAUAAAAUGGAUUUGUCCAACUGCUCCCUCGCGUCCUGUGUCUCUUCUCGGCGGCUUUCCCUGCACUGCAUGGUUUGACGUGGGAGAAAUAUCUGAGGAUCUUCGUGAUGACAUCGAAGGCUUAGAUGCUUCAGCUGCACAUAUUGCUAACCUCUUAUCAACCGAACCAACCGAUGUCAAAGUUGGGAUAGGUGGUUUCAGUAUGGGUGCAGCAAUAGCACUCUACUCCACAACGUGCUACGCUCUUGGACGUUACGGAAACGGACUUCCAUAUACUAUUAACCUACGAGCUACUGUAGGACUCAGUGGUUGGCUUCCUGGUUGGAGGAGCUUAAGGAGCAAAAUAGAAAGUUCUAAUGAGGCUGCAAGGCGUGCUGCAUGGAUACCAGUUAUACUUGCACAUGGAACUUCGGAUGAUGUAGUUCCUUACAGAUUUGGGGAAACAUCUGCGCAUUCACUUGCCAUGGCUGGAUUCCGACAAGUUGUGUUCAAACCAUAUGAAGGGCUUGGUCACUAUACGGUUCCAAAAGAAAUGAAUGAGGUCGUUCACUGGCUCGCUUCAAGGCUUGGUCUUGAGGGCUCAUGUUAAGCUUCAAAAAAGUAUCUAUAGCUAUUUUUAUACAUGGUGUGUAUAAUAUGUAUAAUAAGCGGGUUUCUUGGGGUAUACGUCUAUUGUUUUGUGAUUUAAUUUUGCUUUUCUGCUUUUUUGAUUCUUGAUUAUGAAUAAUGAAAUAAAGGUUCUUUAAUAAUAUAAAUAUCAAGUUUUGUUCA